CACAGCGCCAUCAGACUGCUUGUACCACGUUUUUUACUAUGGCCUCGCCAGUACAAGAUCCAGUCCCGACGACUGCCCCCGAUGACGGGGAUGACCCGAUGCAAGGUUCCGGACAGGAAGAAGAAGGCGAAGGCGACGACAUUCGCCCUGCAGGUGGAUCGGAAGACGAUAGUUCCGAGGAGGAGGAGGAAGAUGAGGAGGAGGCCAGACGUAUACGCGAGGGCUUCAUAGUGGAUGAGGACGAAGAUGAAGGGGAAGAGGAAGAAGAAGAACGGCGGCGGAGGAGGAAGCGGCGAAAGCGGCGCCAUCGCAGAGAACGUGAAGAAGAGGAGGCUCUGGAGGAUGAGGACCUCGAACUGCUAGAAGAAAAUACGGGUGCUUCAUUCAAGAACCGUCUGACGCGCUUGCGACGCGGUCGGGACGACGAGUCUCCGCCCACUGCUUCGUCCUCGAAACGAAGAGUAGUCGAGGAAUCUUCGGAAGAUGACAUCGAGAAUGACGACCUUGAACUUCCUGCAAUUCAAGACAUUCAUCGCAUCUGGGAUGAAGGAGCUAGAGAGGAUGAAGACGAGGAUAUGGACGACAUGGACAACUUCAUCGAGUAUGAGGAUGAUGAAGAGGGUGUGGAAAUGAUGGACGAGCGUGAAAGAGAAGAGAAGAGACGAGAGAGGAGGCGACUGGAGAAGCAACGACGAAAAGCUCUCGGCCGGCCUGAGCUCGCUGGGAUUGAUGCGAACGCGUGGGACGAGAUCCACGAGGUAUUCGGGGAUGGUCAUGACUAUGACUGGGCUCUGGUUGAUGAGGAUGACGCUGAAUACGAUGAGGAGAAACUAAAACCUGAGAUGAAGUACCAGGAUGUCUUUGAACCGUCCGAAAUACGUGCUCGUAUGUUAACCGAGGACGACGACUUGAUUCGGGCGCAAGAUGUCCCGGAAAGAAUGCAGCUGGCCACAUCGUCUCUUUCGCCGUCUUCCACUCUUUCAUUACACAAGCCGUUGACUGAUAAUGAUAUCGACGACGCAGCUCAGUGGGUCUUGACUCGGCUGUCAACUCGCAAAGAGCGGGACUUCUUCCGCCGAGACGGCCAAUACAACCACUUGCUCGCGGAUUUGGUUCAAGCGGCUUCAUACGCCUUGCGAUAUCUGUUUGUCCAUGAAUUCGAGGUCCCUUACAUCUGGACGCACAAGCGAGACUAUAUCUCAUAUUUCAAUCCCGCCGACAUGCGGACAAGGGUGGAGCUGCUCAGUCUGGAUGAGCUUUGGCGGUUGUACAGUCUUGGUCAGAAAUAUCGAUCGCUCAUGGAGCGCCGGCAUCAUCUCGAUGCUUUGUAUGCCCGACUGGGUGUCUCGGACGAGUAUUUCGAAAAUGAAAUCCGACGGAGGCUGGAGAGUGUCGAAGUUGUCGCGGACGCCACCGAGUGGUUGGGAAUGAAGUACAAGGACAAGAAAAAGGACCAGUUCGAGCUCCAUUUCCAUGAUGAUGAGGAACCGGAGGCCCCUAAGCGGAAGAAUCCUAGUCGGACGUCCGCGUACCAAGUCGCGAAGAACAGUGUCGUUGCCCGACUAGCGCAGGGCUUUGGUAUCACGCCCCACGAAAUAGUUCUGAAUUUCCUUGCUUCGAACAAUUCACAUUUCGUGGAAGACCAAGAGGUUAAUCCCACUGCAUAUGCCGAGCAGUUUGCAGACCCGAAUUCUUCGAAAAUCGAGUCUCCUGAGGAGCUCCUCCGUCGUGCUCGACUCAUUAUCUCGACUGAGCUAGGGAAAGAUCCUCUGCUCCGGCAGGAGAUUCGGAAUGUUUUCAAAAGCGAAGCUCGUAUCUCGGUAUCGCCCACGGAACGCGGGAUCACGAAGAUUGAUGAGCACCACCCGUAUUAUAACUUCAAAUACCUGCAUUGGAAGAGAGUCACUGACAUGCUCCAGACACCUCAGUUCCUUCAUAUCCUCGCUGCUGAGUCAGAGCAUCUCGUGACUGUUUCGAUUUUCCUACCACCUGAGGCGAAGUCAUCAUUUGAACGCCGAUUGAAUGAAGCGUUCGCGUCAGACAGCUUCAGCGAUACUGCAAAGGCGUGGAACGAGGAACGAUCGAAGGUAGUUCAGGAAACAAUUGAGCAACACUUACUUCCCCUGGGUAUGAAGUGGACACGCGAAUGGGUGAGGGAGGAAGUGGAGGAUUUCCUCGCGAACCGUUGCGGAGAUGUUCUGCGUGAGCGGAUCGACGUGGCGCCCUUCAACACGGCCGACAUGCAGCUCGGCGACACACCCUCGGUCCUUGCGAUGUCUUGGGGCAAAGGUGACCCGCAGAAGGACGACAUCGCCCUGGUCUUCUUGGAUGAGGCUGGCAGACUACGCGAGCAUACAAGGCUGGAUAACCUCGUUGAUGCAGAUAACCGUCACGACUUCCGCGACUUGUUGAAGCGUCGCAAACCAGACGUCAUUGCCAUUGGUGGUUUCAGUAUAACUACCACCAAACUGGCACACACCGUCAAAGAUUUGCUUAAGGGAGGUCCAAUGGAUGCAUACGGCAAUUGGCCCGAGGAAAAGUUCGAUAUUCCCGUCAUUUAUAUGUUCGAUGAAGUUGCUCGCCUCUAUCAGCACAGCAACAGGGCUUCUGAAGAAUUCGGAUCAUUGUCUGAAAUCGCCAAGUACUGUGUGGGGUUAGCACGUUACGCGCAAAACCCUCUAAAUGAAUAUGCUGCGCUGGGUGGCGACGUGACCGCCAUAACAUUCGAAGAAGACUUCCAGCAAUUAAUCCCCAGAGAGAAGCUUCUGACUGCCCUCGAACGUGUCCUUGUAGACAUAGUCAACAAAGUCGGCGUGGACAUCAACAGAGCUGUUACGGACUCGUAUUACCAGCAUCUCCUGCCAUACAUCUGCGGUCUGGGACCACGGAAGGCACAGCUUGUUGUUAAGAAGAUUGCAAGUAUGGGUGGCAAUCUUGUGAACCGUGAACAAUUUGUCAAGAAUGGACUGCUCACUACCAAGAUCUUCCUCAACGCUGCUGGAUUUCUGCGUAUCACACAUGACAUCGAAACAACUAAGUCGUCUAAGAAUCGUCAUAACGACGACGUUGACACGCCGGACCCUCUGGAUAACACUCGAAUCCAUCCCGAGGAUUAUGAGUUGGCCAGGAAGAUGGCCACGGACGCUCUCGAGCUGGACGAGGAGGACAUCCAGGAAGAGUCGCCAUCGCAUGUAGUGUCUCUGAUCAUGCAGGACGACGACAGCGAACGAAAGCUGGACGAACUCAACCUCGACGAUUUCGCUGUUAAUAUGUACGAAAACAGCAAGGACCGCAAGCGACAUACCCUGAACGUCAUACGACGGGAACUUAUACACCCAUUCGCGGAACAGAGGUCUAAAUUCCCCUUACCGAGCGCUUGGGAGGUUCUGACAAUGCUCACGGGCGAAACACCGAGGACCUUACGCAUCGGGUUGAUCGUCUCCGUACUCGUGGUUAGACCUAAGAAACACUUCGUUGCUGUUCGUCUCGAUUCCGGCAUUGAAGGCAUGAUCAAUGCACAGUAUCUCGCUGAUCAAUCCGUCGACUCGGAGACCUACGUGAAGAAGGGGCAAACCAUCCCCGGGGUCAUCAUCGACGUCAAGCUGAACCUCCAGGAAGAUCAAUUCUCGGUCGAAUUAUCUUCGCGUCCUGCUGAUGUCCAGGCGGGAGACAGCCAAUUCCGUAGGGUCAAGCAUGACGAAGAUUGGAACCUGCAUCAAGAGGAACGGGAUAAAGAGAUGCAGGCUCGGAAGAAGAGGGCAGAAGUCGACCGGACAAGACGCGUCAUCAAGCACCCAAACUUCCACAACUUCAAUGCUAGUCAAGCUGAAGCCUAUCUGGACAAGCAGCAGCGAGGCGAUGUGGUGAUCAGACCAUCAUCCAAAGGUUUUAAUCAUCUGGCUGUGACUUGGAAAGUCGACGAUAAGCUUUUUCAGCAUUUAGAUGUUGUGGAGCCAAAUGCCGAUCCCACCGGGCAGGCAGUCGGCACUCGUUUCAUUGUGGACGGCAAAUACGAGUUCGCCGAUUUGGAUGAGCUGAUCGUGAACCAUGUUCAGGCCAUGGCUCGGAGGGUCGAAGAGUUAAUGGCCCACGAAAAAUUCAAGCACGGGUCUGAGGAAGAGUUGCACUUGUUCCUCAAGAAUUUCGUGGCUGCCAACCCGUCGAAGAGUGCAUAUGGCUUCACUCUGAAUCGGAAACGACCUGGCCACUUCAACCUAUGCUUCCUUGCGAAUAAGAAUUCAACUGUUCAGAGCUGGCCAGUCCGGGUUGCCCCCGAAGCCUACUAUCUCUUCGAUACUGCCGCUCCCGGUGUUCAAGAAUUGUGUGAUGCUUUUAAAAUUCGACAUUUGCAUGAGUCCCAGAAUCUGGCUGCCGGCGGCGCUGGCGGAAAAACACCAUACGGCGCUGGGCGGACGCCUGCCCGGACGCCAGGACACAUGACACCUGGGCAUAUGUCUGUCAGGCAAUCGGCUCGGACGCCCAAUCCUUACGGUGGUACGCCAUCUCAGCCCGGACCUCCAGCAGGGUUUGGCUCCACUACCCCCUCUACUUACGGAAUGCCACCCCCACAAACAACCUACGGGUAUCAAACCCCGUCUUCCUAUCCACCUCGCACGCCCGCGUUUCCUCAGCAGCCUGCGCCGCCCUCUGGAAUGAAUCCUGCUCGCGCAGCUAUGAUUCAGCAGUCAGGUGGAUGGGGAACCGGGUCGGGUGGUACCUGGUGAUUUCGAUUUUUGCGCUUUGUAGCCCUUCACGAAGAGCGUGUCUAACUGCUGUAGAAGUGUCAUUUUUGUUUGUCCGAUCGCAUUGUAUGUAGCAUAACAUUUAAUCCGACCAUGCACCCGCACAUCUCCAUCAUGCAUAACUCAGUUUGCGGUUGG